GUCUCAAGAUCCAUUAACCGAGGUGACCCACCAAUUGGUCAAGCAUUUCGCAAUCUAUCCGGUGGCUACAAAUGCUUCGUGUGUCAUGCGGUACGGCGAGCUGAUCCGCUUCCAUAACGAGAACCUCUUAGAAGGCGGAGAUGUGAGCAUUGCGGCAAGCAAUAUAAACUGGGAAUGUUUUUGUCAGAGACACGGUCUGAAGAUGCGCAUGGACAUCGAGCAGUUGCUGACUGACGAGAAAGCAAAGGAGGAUAUGUUAGAACAAAGCAAGCAAUGGAUAUUCCCGUUACAGAGCAUCACAAAGUUGCGGAAGGAACGCUACGGCUUGCACUUCCAUCGUGCUCCCAUCAUUGCCAAUGUUCUCAAUUCCAUAAUCACAAAUGGCGAAAACUAUGGCAAGCAUAAAGGGCCAGCAGGCGAUGGGGCUGUCUUGCCGCGCUCAAUUCACCUAUCGCUGAACAACCGAUUUCUCAACGAGGACAAGCACAAUUCAAAGGAACUGCACAAGUUCCGUGCCAAGCAGCUGUACCUCAUUUUAGGCCGUCUCUUGGAAUAUUCCAAGUGGCGCGUGGUUCAAGAGGACGAUGUGACCGACGACACUUUGAGAGUUAGCGUUGAUUGCAAUAAUGUGCCGCGUCGACCCUCAGACAGCCAGGAGGAUAAGAAGAUGGUGCGCCUUGUGUGCGGCCCGGUGCUGGAGCCGACUACGAAGACGGCCACAAGUAUGACCAGUGGAGACUACAUGGCACUGCGCUCCAAUGAUAUGCUCCUAAUAGCUAUGCAUCGCCAUGGCGUACGCGACUGUGUCAAGGGAAAAAACUUUGAGAGCCUGAUGCAUCGGCUUGGCCAUGCGGCUGUCAUAGUGGAUCUGUUCGAGGUGCGACAUAGCACGGGCGCCACCGUGGUGCGCAGUGGCCUAGGCAGCUCCAAAGGUGCCAACUACAUUCUCUACAAUUCCGCACGCCUCGAGACAUUGCUGCGUACCUUUCAAGCCCAGGUGGAUCUAGGUGUCUACGAAUGUCUGCCGCCCCUAGAUGAAAUCGAUCUGAGCGUGCUUGAGGAUGAGCUCGACUGGCAGUUGAUCUACGGCUAUUUGCUUACCUUUCCAAAGCUGGUAGAAACAACUCUAGCCCAAGUGGAGCAGGGCCUGUGCGGUGUCCAUUUGCUCGUCCGCUACAUCGUAGACUUGGCUAGCCUGUUCAGCCGGUACUAUCGCCACAAACGAAUACUCGUGCAGCAGCGCACCAAUCUGAUGCCCGUGCUCUACGCUCGGAUAUAUUUAGUCAAGGCUGUGCGACAGGUGCUCAAUUCCGCGCUGGCGCUACUGGGAAUUGAGCCCGUGGAUUACAUGUGAGGAUGGCAAACGAGGAUUGUUAAGUGAAGGCAGCAUUUUCGUUUUGUAUAUUUAAUGUACAAACGGUAUGGUAAAUUUAACAACAAUCUAUAUUUUUAUAUUAACUAUACACAAGAGGGCUUACGACUAAAACA